AGCCGGAAUAUUCAAACGAGGGUUGUAAUCCGCCGUACGCGUGUCUCCGAGCCGCCAGGAAGAUGAAUAAGCUCUACAUCGGCAACCUCGGCGAGAACGUCAGCCCCCUCGACCUGGAAAGUCUCUUUAAGGACUCCAAGAUCCCUUUCUCGGGCCAGUUCCUGGUGAAGACGGGGUACGCCUUCGUGGACUGCCCCGACGAGAGCUGGGCGAUGAAGGCCAUAGAGGCACUUUCAGGUAAAGUGGAACUGCACGGGAAACUCAUAGAAGUUGAACACUCAGUCCCUAAAAGACAAAGGAGUCGGAAACUUCAGAUCAGAAAUAUCCCGCCUCACUUGCAGUGGGAGGUGCUGGAUAGUUUGUUAGCUCAAUAUGGAACAGUGGAGAACUGUGAGCAAGUGAACACUGACACGGAGACUGCAGUUGUAAAUGUAACAUAUGGCAAUAAGGACCAGGCUAGACAUACAGAAGAAAUUCCCUUAAAGAUAUUGGCACAUAACAAUUUUGUUGGACGACUUAUUGGAAAAGAAGGAAGAAACCUGAAGAAAAUCGAGCAGGACACGGAUACUAAAAUCACGAUAUCUCCAUUGCAGGACUUGACACUCUAUAAUCCAGAACGGACCAUUACAGUUAAAGGCAGUAUUGAAACUUGUGCCAAGGCUGAGGAAGAAAUUAUGAAGAAAAUCAGGGAAUCUUAUGAAAAUGAUAUUGCUGCUAUGAAUCUUCAAGCACAUUUAAUUCCUGGAUUAAAUCUGAAUGCCUUGGGCCUGUUCCCACCUUCUUCUUCAGGAAUACCACCUCCUGCAGUGAGCGUUGCCUCAGCUGCUGCUGCUGCUUCAUAUCCACCGUUUGGGCAACAGCCCGAGUCUGAGACUGUUCAUCUGUUCAUCCCAGCCUUGGCAGUUGGAGCUAUUAUUGGCAAGCAGGGACAGCACAUCAAACAACUUUCUCGUUUUGCAGGCGCAUCUAUUAAGAUUGCCCCUGCUGAAGGACCAGAUGCCAAGCUGAGAAUGGUUAUCAUCACUGGACCUCCAGAAGCUCAGUUCAAGGCUCAAGGGAGAAUCUAUGGAAAACUUAAAGAAGAAAAUUUCUUUGGACCUAAAGAAGAAGUGAAACUUGAGGCUCAUAUAAAAGUGCCAUCCUAUGCUGCUGGUAGAGUUAUUGGUAAAGGAGGCAAAACAGUAAAUGAGCUUCAGAACUUGACAAGUGCAGAAGUUGUAGUCCCUCGUGACCAGACACCUGAUGAAAAUGAUCAGGUGGUUGUGAAAAUAACUGGUCACUUCUAUGCAUGCCAGCUUGCUCAGAGAAAAAUUCAGGAAAUACUGGCUCAGGUAAGAAGGCAGCAGCAACAGCAAAAAACAUUGCAAAGUGGACAGCCUCAGCCAAGACGAAAAUAAAGGUUUAGGAAAUGGCCCGUCAGAGACAGAUGCCAGACCAAAGACAGACUGUGCAACAGAGAGACGGGUGGCGAGCGCCCGUUGAAGUUAUAUGCAGAAGAUCCACCAAGCCAAUCACCUGUUCGAGGACCAGGCAACCGUUGAACGCUGUCUCUGAGAAUGUAUUCUUUAGGCUCUCUCAAACUUUUGAAACCCAGCUUUAAAAUAAGGACCCCUUCACUUCCCUUUUGUUCUAUUCUCACAAUUUAACAUAAACUUGUUAGUCUUUUUUAUUGUUCUUAUU